AUGCUCGGAGCUGUGAAAUAUGGGACAGCAGUCGGUGUGCUGUUGUUUACUGCAUUGCUCCUUUUCACUGGAGCCACCGACGAGGGAAUUUAUACAAACCAUCUUAUAGUGCAAUUACACCAGGGAGGGAAUGAAGAUGCUCACCAACUUGCACUUGAGUAUGGCUUUGGGAGUGUCAGACAGCUUCCCUUUGGUGAGAGACUUUUUCAUUUUUACCCCCGGGACACUCCUAAAGCAAAGAGGAAACGCAGCCUUCGUCGCCGCCAGCAUCUGGAUAAGGACCGACGGGUUAAAAAAGUGAUUGUACAGGAGGGAUUCGAACGUCAGAAGAGAGGCUAUCGAGACAUCAGUGACUUUGACAUCGGUUUGAAUGAUCCACUUUUUAACAAGCAGUGGUACCUUAUAAAUACAGGGCAGGCAGACGGCACUCCCGGGCUGGACCUCAACGUGGCUGAGGCUUGGAAAAUGGGCUACACUGGAAAAGGAGUGACCAUCGCCAUCAUGGAUGAUGGUAUCGAUUAUUUACACCCAGACCUUGCAUCCAAUUAUAAUGCAGAGGCCAGCUACGACUUCAGCAGCAAUGACCCGUACCCAUACCCUCGCUACACAGAUGAUUGGUUUAACAGCCACGGGACCAGAUGUGCUGGAGAGGUGUCUGCAGUGGCUAAUAACAACAUCUGUGGUGUCGGAGUGGCCUACAAUUCCAAAGUAGCAGGCAUCCGAAUGUUGGACCAGCCGUUCAUGACGGACAUCAUUGAAGCCUCCUCCAUCAGCCACAUGCCGCAGGUUAUUGACAUCUACAGCGCUAGCUGGGGUCCCACUGAUGAUGGCAAGACGGUGGACGGGCCUCGUGAGCUAACCCUUCAGGCCAUGGCAGAUGGCGUCAACAAGGGCCGAGGGGGGAAAGGCAGUAUCUACGUGUGGGCUUCGGGGGAUGGUGGUGGCUAUGAUGACUGCAACUGUGAUGGCUAUGCCUCCAGCAUGUGGACCAUCUCCAUUAACUCCGCCAUUAACGAUGGACGCACAGCUUUGUAUGACGAGAGCUGCUCCUCCACACUUGCCUCGACAUUCAGCAAUGGUCGCAAGAGGAACCCUGAGGCAGGAGUGGCCACCACAGAUCUGUAUGGAAACUGUACGUUGCGUCAUUCAGGCACAUCAGCUGCUGCUCCCGAGGCUGCUGGUGUGUUUGCCUUGGCAUUAGAAGCCAAUCCAAACCUGACCUGGAGGGACAUGCAGCACCUUACAGUGCUCACUUCAAAAAGGAAUAAACUCCAUGAUGAGGUGCACCAGUGGAGGAGAAACGGCGUGGGCUUGGAGUUCAACCAUCUGUUCGGCUACGGCGUGCUGGAUGCCGGUGCCAUGGUCAGCCUGGCGCGUGACUGGAAGACUGUGCCUGAGCGUUUUCACUGCGUGGCUGGAUCAGUGCAGGAGGCACACAAGAUCCAAUCAGGUGCCAAGCUAGCACUCACCAUCACUACAGAUGCAUGUCAGGGCCGGGAGAACUUUGUGCGCUAUCUGGAGCAUGUCCAGGCAGUGGUGACAGUGAACGCAAGCCGGCGCGGUGAGCUCAUGCUCAACCUGACUUCGCCCAUGGGCACCAAGUCCAUCCUGCUGAGCCGGCGGCCGCGUGACGCUGACUCCACCGUGGGGUUCGACAAGUGGCCUUUCAUGAGCACGCACACGUGGGGCGAGGACCCUCGUGGCACCUGGAAGCUUGAAGUCGGCUUCAGUGGAGAAUCUCCACAGAGCGGCCAUCUACACGAGUGGACCCUCAUGCUGCAUGGCACACAGAGUGCACCCUACAUAGAGCAAGUGGUCAGGGACUACCAGUCCAAAUUAGCCAUGUCCAAAAAGGAGGAGCUGGAGGAGGAGCUGGAUGAAGCUGUUGAAAAGAGCCUUGAGAGGAUGAUGAGCAAAAGCAACUAG